AUGACCUCAUACCCCUUAGAGGCUGCAGUUAUAGCUCGAACCAAUUCAGAUAGACAUCCAAUGAAUUAUAUUACUACUAUUUUCACAUCAUGGAACCCACUAUCCGUGCCUAAACUUGUGGUUGGCUGUCUUUUGGAAUUUAUAUCAACAUUCUUCUAUGUUUGGAUCAGUAAGGCUAUGGUCAAAGAUUCUUUCAUUGCGUCCUUGGAACAGGUCCAUCCAGUGGCCAAUGGUCACCUGAAUCUUGCAAUUCUAUCUGGCUGCUCACAUUGGCAUUAUAGAUUACGCGUGUUGUUAUUAGGUCAAAUUGCUAAACUAGUGGGCCAUGAUCUUCACAUGGAUGCCGGUGUUUCUCUUAGUCUUUUGGUUUUGGACCGGUCUCCUGCUGGACAUGUGCUCCCAUACCUAGGAUCACAGAUCCUUGGGGCAAUUGCAGCAAUAAGUAAGACAGCAGCCAAGAUGCCUACUCAAUGUUCAUGCAAGGCCCAGCAAGAAUUGGAGUGA